UUGUUUUCUAGUGGGAAUUUUGAUGACAACAUUACACGAUUCAUUGUGGCGAGUGUUCUCGAAGCUUUCACUUAUCUUCACACCAAUCACAUCAUUUACCGCGAUCUGAAACCAGAGAAUUUGCUGCUUGAUCAUCGGGGCUAUAUCAAACUGUGCGAUUUCGGAUUUGCCAAGAAGAUCAGUCCGGGAAAGAAGACGUGGACAUUCUGUGGAACCCCCGAGUAUGUUGCACCGGAGAUCAUUCUCAAUAAAGGUCAUGACCACUCUGCAGAUUAUUGGUCCCUCGGUAUCCUCAUGUUCGAACUACUCACUGGAAGUCCACCAUUCACGGGAAUGGAUCCAAUGAAGAUCUACAAUAUAAUCCUCCGUGGCAUCGACGCGAUCAUGUUCCCGCCUUUCCAAAUAAAUCGAACGGCCACAGCACUCAUUCAUCGGCUCUGUGUCCAAAAUCCUGUCGAACGUCUUGGUUACGGGCGCGGAGGCAUUGUGGACAUCAAGCAACACAAGUGA